UAUAACUUUAGGUGCUGUUUGUGCUGACGUUGCAGAUAAAACUUGUGCUCAAAACAUAUCUGAAGAACAAACAAAUUUCAUCUGUUGGAUCCAGGGUGUGCGCGCCUGUGUUUGUCUAUACGACUCCAUUCCACACAAGCGCUGAAUUCUCACUCUGAAUUCAUUUUAUUAAUUUAUAAUACUGGGAUCAGCGGCGUCGAACCACAAAUUAAUAUAACAUCUGUGUACAGUGUACUCUAUGGACACAACUAAUUACGUAAGUUAAGUACUUUGCUGGCUAACUAACGCUACAGGAACAGGAAGUAGACAAAGCUGGCUAGCGUUCGAGGAAGCACGAACUACUUCGACAUUAACUAGUUACAGUUUUCAGUUAGCCAAUAAUUUACAUUUCUUCAUAAUCGUUGAUAACAAUGGGAACAACAGCAAGUCAGUUACCGAAGGAUUUGCUUUCCGAGUACCAGGAGCUGACAUUUUUAACAAAACAAGAAAUCUUGCUCGCCCACAAUAGAUUCACAGAGCUCCUUGCAAAAGAGGACAGGAGUAGUACAAGCCAAAGAGUUCCUUUGGAGAAAGUCCUGACCAUGCCAGAGCUCAAGUCCAAUCCUUUCCGGAAAAGGAUCUGUCAUGUGUUUUCAACAUCUGAAGCAAAAGAUGGCAGCCUGACUUUUGAGGACUUCCUGGACCUCCUGAGUGCCUUUAGUGACUCUGCCACCCUGGAGAUCAAAUCACACUAUGCAUUCCGCAUCUUUGACUUCGAUGAUGAUGGCACGCUGGACCGUGGAGACCUAGAGAAAUUGGUGAAUUGUCUGACUGGUGAGACGGACGACACCAGGCUGACCCCCGAAGAGAUGAGGCAACUCAUCAGUAAUAUUUUGGAGGAAUCUGAUAUCGACAAAGAUGGAACGGUUAACCUCUCAGAGUUCCAGCAUGUUAUUUCCAGAUCACCAGAUUUUGUCAGUUCUUUUAAGAUUGUCCUGUGAGCCUUGCAACUUGCAGACUAGCAACGGACCACUGCAGCUGCGCAAAAUCUGCCG